AUGUCCGACGCCGCGCCCGCGCAGUACAAGCAGAAGAGCCGCAAGGGCAAGAAGGCCUGGAGGAAGAAUGUCGACGUCACCGCCGUUGCGUCGGGGCUGGACGAGGUGCGGGACCAGAUAAUCGCCGGCGGCGUCAUCGCCGAAAAACCCUCGGACCAGCUCUUCGCCAUCGACACCGCCGGCGACGCCGCCGUCCAGAAAAAAGUCCAGUCGCGCCACAAGCCGCUCAAGGUCGACCAGAUCCUCGCCGCCCGCUCCGCCGUCCCCGCCGUGCCCUCCCGCAAGCGCCUGUCCGAGCUCGACGACGAGGGCAAGCGGAAGAAGGCCAAGGUCUCCGGCCGCGAGUACGACCGCCUGCGCGCCAUUGCCUACGGCGGCGAGCAGGUCAAGAAGGACGUCGUGCAGUCCGGCGCCACCGCCACGUACGAUCCCUGGGCCGUGCAGCAGGUCGUCGAGGAGCCGCAGUUCUCGUUCCUCGAGAAGAAGAAGCCAAAGGUCGAGCCCACCACCCUCAAGCGCGCGCCAGUCUCGCUCGCCAAGGACGGCAAGAAGAUCCCCGCCGUGCGCAAGCCCGCCGCCGGCAAGUCCUACAACCCCAACUUCGACGAGUGGCAGGCCCUGCUCAUCCGCGAGUCCGAAAAGGCCGUGGCCGACGAGAAGAAGCGCCUGCAGGAGGCCCAGGAGGAGGCCGAGCGCAUGGAGCGCGCCGCCGCCGACACAGACGAGGACUCGGGCGAGGAGAGCGUGUGGGAGAGCGAGUGGGAGGGCUUCAGCGGCGACGAGGCCGCAAAGGCAAAGGCAAAGCGCCCCGAGCGCAAGUCGGCCACACAGCGCAACAAGAUCAAGCGGAGAAAGGACGCCGAGCGCGCCGCCGUCCACGACGCCAAAAUGAAGGCCAAGGACCAGCAGGUCCAGAUGAUCAAGGCCCUCGCCCGCAGCGUCGAGGAGAAGGAGCGCGCCCGCGACGCCGCCAAGACCAUGGCCCUCGCCAUCGAGGCCGAAGCCGCCGGCACCCUCGACGUCGACGACGGCGACCUGCUCGAGCUGCGCAAGAAGCAGUUUGGCCGCAUCCCCAUCAUGGAAGCCCCCCUCGAAGUCGUCCUGCCCGACGAGCUGCGCGACUCGCUGCGCGCCCUCAAGCCCGAGGGCAACCUGCUCAAGGACCGCUUCCGCAGCAUGAUGCUGCGCGGCGUCGUCGAGCCGCGCCGCCACAUUCCCUACGCUAAGCAGAGGAAGUACACCGUCUCGGAGAAGUGGAGUUAUAAGGACUGGGAGUUGCCGGCGGCGCAGUAG